AUGAAAAGAGAGAAUCGGGGCGGCGCGCCUUUGCUCGGCCGGUUCAAGGGCAACGUGAAAAUUGGACUCAUCGGGCUGCCGAACGUCGGCAAAUCCUCUACGUUUAACCUGCUGUCUAAGCAAAGCGUGCCGGCGGAGAACUACCCGUUCUGCACGAUCAACCCCAACGAGGCGAAGGUCCACGUGCACGACGCGCGCUUCGACCAUCUCUGCAAAAUGUACCAGCCGAAAAGCCAAGUGCCGAGCAGCAUGACCGUCGUCGACAUCGCGGGGCUCGUGGAAGGCGCGCACAAGGGCGAAGGGCUCGGCAACGCGUUUUUGAGCCACAUCCAGCGCGUAGACGCGCUUUUCCACGUCGUGCGCGCGUUCGACGCGGCCGACGUGACGCACGUCUGCGGCGACGUGUGCCCCGUGCGCGAGCUCGAAAUCAUCAGCAGCGAGCUGCGGUUCAAGGACCUCGAGAAGGCCAACGCGCUGAAGGCCGAGCUCGAGCGCGUGAUCGCGCGCGGACAGGGCAAGAGCUUGAAGACGAACCUCGAGGUCAUCGAGAAGGUCAUCGAGCUGCUCGAGCAGAAGAAGUGGAUCGCCAGCUACGACGAUUGGUCCGCGCAGGACUGCGAAGUGCUCAACGAGCAGUGCUUCCUCACCGCGAAGCAGCUCGUCUACCUCGUCAACGUGUCCGAGCGCGACUUUCUGCGCAAGAAAAACAAGUACCUCCCGAAGAUCGCUGAGUGGACGCAAAACAACCUGCCCGGCCCGGUGAUUCCCUACAGCGUCGAGUACGAAGAGAAGCUGCUCACCGGCGCGCCCGACGCGACCACGCCCAGUCGCCUCAACGCCGUUAUCUCCGCCGGCUACGCCGCGCUGAACCUCAUCCACUUCUUCACCGUAGGCGCCGACGAAGUGCGCAGUUGGGAUAUUCGGCGCGGCAUGAAAGCGCCGCAGGCUGCCGGCAUGAUCCACACAGACAUGGAACGCGGCUUCAUUUGCGCGGACGUUACGAAAUACGAGGAUCUCGUCGAGCAGGGCAGCGAGGCCGCGGCUAAGGCCGCGGGCAAGGUCGCCACGCGCGGCAGGACGUACACGGUCGAAGACGGAGACAUUAUGUUUUUCAAGUUUAAUCCGAGCGGCGGAAAGAAGAAAUAA